GGUGACACUAAGGGAUCUGCUAGGAGUGGAGAUGGAUCCUCUAAGAAGGAUGCAGUUGGAGCUCAACUUGGUCCAAAUGCACAAUUUGCUCAUCAAGGUUCUUUUACACAAGGCAUGAACUAUGUCAAUUACCAAGUGUGAAUUCCAAGCACAGGGACAGCAAUCUAGUUGUUUCUCCCAUGCAAGGCACAAAGUAAGGGGGGAUCCAGGUUUUUCUUACUGAUUCAAUAAUUAAGGAUUCUAUGUCUAGUAGAUAUUGUUCAAGGCUUGUAGCAAACCAUUUAAUAUAAGAUUUAUCUUGUCUGAUCAAAAUACUGUAAUGUCCUUAUUUUUUAGGGGUGUUUUCAAUUUUUUUUUUCUUUUUUUUAUUGUCUUUUUUAAUUUGGUGGAAGGAAAUAGAAAAUGUUUGGAUGCUGUUGGUGAAUUUCUGAAAUAGUAUUGUUUAUCUUUUGUACAUUUAACUCUUUUAUAUAAGCAUUGUUAUCUGAAAUUUGAGAUA